CAACUCAAUUUCACAAAACACAUAUUCCAAAAAAAAAAAUGAACCAAAGUGAAAAUAAUUUAUCAUCAAGAAAUGAAGAUGAACAACAAGAAGAAAGUGGAUGGACAACUUAUUUGGAGGAUUUUUCAUUAAUGAAUAAUCAAAGGGAAAAUUAUGAUGAUGAUUUUAGCCCUAAUAGUUAUUCUUUAUUAUCUGAUGCUGCUUCUAAUAUUGCUCCAUGGAAUAACAAUAAUUAUUGUAAUAUAAAUUACAAUAAAUUAGUUAUGAAUGAUGAAUACUCUCCAAAGAAGUUGAAUUUGAAGAAAUUACCAAGAAACAAGAAAAUCAAUGAUCCUGAUUUGGAAGACACUGCUAGCUCACCUGUCAAUAGUCCUAAGGUAAGCAAGAUGGAGAUCAAUUACAGAAGAACAAAAAAUAGCACUGGAAAUUUUAUGGGAAAUGAAGGUAGCUCAAAACAAUUUCAAGAAGUGCACAAAGUGGAAAGAGGCUAUACAAAUUUAAAGAAGAAAGGACUUUGUCUUGUGCCUUUAUCUAUGUUAGUCAACUACCAUGGUUGAUUUUUCCUCUCUUUUAUUCCUCUCCAUGUAAAUAAAAAUAUUUGCUUUUAUUUUUUAAAGUAUAUAAAAGAUCAUUAUGUAAAUAUCGAAGUUUCACUUCAUCUAUAUUGUUUGGACUUUUUAAAGAUAUCAACAGAUUAUGUGUAUCGAAUUUUUCGAAAGUAUUAUUUUUUGAAGAAUUUGACACAGAUACAGUAUAGAAAAUGAAUAGUAUGCGAAACUUGAUGUUUCAUCAUUGUAUACUCCUGUAAAAACUCUUCUAGAAAAGGAAAAAUAGAAGGAAAGUAAUGAAAUUGUUGACUUGUUUUUUCUCGAUUCGAUGAUCGA